AUGUAUAAAAUAGUAAUUAUAUUGUUCAUUGUAACAGUGACAAUUGGUGUCAAUUCAAAAGCGAUUGAUUACGGUUUGAAACGGAAGAAGGUUGUUCCACCAGCGCCGAAAUUUCAAGGCAAAUUCGACGAAGCUCACAAACAUCGAACCAUUGCUGAGCGCAUUAGAUCAUGGACAGAAAAGGAGAAACAGAACGUUUGGGAAUUAAGCGGUUUAUACGAAGGAGAUAUAAUGAUUCAUUCGGAGGAAAAUGAUGUGAAAAAUGGUUUGAUAAACAAGGUUUUUCGUUGGCCAGGCGGAAUUGUACCCUAUUACAUAAGGGAAGAGGAUUUCGAUGAAAAAGAUAUUGAGGUGAUCAAAGGUGCUAUAGAAGAAUACCAUAAAAACACAUGCAUACGCUUUCGACCUUACAAAAAAGCAGAUACCGACUAUGUCACUAUAGAGGGCAAAAACUCAGGAUGUUGGUCCUUGGUUGGCAGACACGAUCGCGGCCAAGUAGUGAACCUACAAAAUUCAGGAUGUGUACGUCAUGGUGUGGUCGUACACGAGCUGUUGCACGCAUUAGGCUUUUAUCAUCAACAAAGUGCCGCGAAUCGUGACGAAUGGGUCAAGAUAAAUUGGGAGAAUAUACAAUCAGGAAAGGAGCACAAUUUUAACAAAUAUAACAAUGAUACUGUCACGGACUAUGGAAUCAGUUACGAUUAUGGCAGCGUAAUGCAUUAUAGUUCUUACGCGUUCUCGAAGAAUGAUGAACCGACCAUUACACCGAUAAAGGAAGAGGUGGAAAUUGGUCAACGAAAAGGACUCAGUGGCAAGGAUACGCUGAAGUUGGAAAAAAUGUACAAAGAGGAAUGUCAAAAUCGACAAAUGAAUGAAAUCAAGGAUGAGGAUGAUUCGUUGGAUGAUAUAUCUAUUGACUGGUCAUUUAUCAGAUUGGAACAUGAAAAUUGA